CUCGCUGCUCAGUCUCACUCUGUCUCUUGUACCGUGAGGUUGUUGCGCUGCCACCUCGCAUCGCCCCAUGUGAGACCCCUCCAUCUGUCCAAUGUACGCUAGUGACACGGCCUAAGGAACACUGCCUGGAUACACUACGCCCUUUCCUUCCCUAGCUGGAUACAAGGUGUGAGGGGAGAUGAGUGACUCGGGCUUCAUCCUAGAGGACGAUGGCUCCUACACGAUCAACAACAAGUCCUACAUCAGCAAGGACGCGGUCUACGGGGACUAUGAAUGUGCCGACCGGGGCCUUCUCCUUCCUAUCUUCUCCGAGUACACGUGGCCGCCGGAGGUGCGAGCCUUCCUGUACUUCAUGGGCCUCCUCUACUGCUUCCUCGGGGUGGCCAUCAUCGCUGACAUCUUCAUGGGCUCCAUUGAGAAGAUCACCAGCAAGACCAGGAAGGUGUACUUGACAUCAGAGAAGGAAGACGAGCCAGAAGUGAUCGAAGUGAGAAUCUGGAGUGACGCCGUGGCCAAUCUUACCCUGAUGGCCCUGGGCUCCUCGGCACCUGAGAUCCUGCUGUCCAUCAUUGAAAUUAUUGGCAAUGACUUCAGGGCAGGAGACUUGGGGCCAGGAACCAUCGUGGGCUCUGCGGCUUUCAACCUCUUCAUCAUCAGCGCCGUCUGCGUCAUGUUUAUUCCCAAGGGCGAGAUUCGAAGGAUCAAGGACAUUAAGGUGUUCGCGGUGACGACGGUGUUCUCUGUGGUGGCGUACCUGUGGCUGCUGAUCAUCGUGGUGGCGGUGUCCCCGGGGGUUGUGGAGGUGUGGGAGGCGGUGGUGACGCUGGUGAUGUUCCCCAGCCUGGUCCUCAUCGCCUGGCUCGCCGAGAAGAACUUCUUCGGCGUGCCCAACAAGACGGACACCAGUAAACAGAUUGAGCUUGGCAAUUUCCAGCCAGGUGAGAGCGCGGCGGAGCAGGGAGUGCUGGGCCGCUGCCUGGCGUGUCUGGGCAUGAGGGGACCCGUCUCCUCUCAGGUGGUACCCAGCGAUGCCGACAAGUUCCUGAGGGAGCGGCAGUACUUCCGGGAUGGCCGGCUGGACAGAGAUGGACUGGUGGCAUUCAUCAAGGAGGUGAAGAACUACCCAGGGUUGACAGAUGAGGAUGCUGCUGUGCUGGCUGCCUCCAAGCUGGUGGAGUCGCAGAGUCAUUCGAGGAUGUGGUAUCGUGUGGGAGCCGUAAGGAGCAUGACUGGCGGCCGCAAGACUCAGCCGCAGCUCUCCUACAAGCUGAAGGAGCGUUCUAAGGACAGGCUGAAAACGCUGAUCAUGCUUGAAGAUGGGACCAACCAGGUCUACAAUGCCAUGAAUGAGCAUCCUGAAGCACCUACUGUUGGGGAGGUCCCUCAGGUGCAGCCACACAAGAAUGCCAUUGUUGACUUCCACUCUGCAUCCUGUGCUGUCAUGGAGAACAUCGGCAAGUUCCAGGUUGCUAUUUGCCGCACUGGAAGAAUAGACACCCGGGUCUCAGUGAGGGUGGAGACGAUAGAUGGAACAGCGACAGUGGACCAAGACUACAUCGGCAUCAAUGAGAUCAUAACAUUUGAAGCCAAUGAGCGGGAGAAGUUUAUUGACGUGGAGAUCAUCAAUGACAACCAGUGGGAGCCGGAUGAGGAGUUCUUCCUGAAGAUCUCCCUCCUGAUGGACCCAGAGAAGCGUGAGGGCGUCCAGCUUGGCCGUAUCUCCAUCAUGGAAAUCACCAUUCUCAAUGACGAUGAGCCUGGCAUUGUGAUGUUCCAGAAGAGAGGUUUCCUGGUGAAGGAGAGUAUUGGCAAUGCUGUCAUCCCUGUGGUGAGGAAGAACGGUGCUGACGGGGAGAUCACUGUGAAGUGGCGCACCAUUGAUAAGUCUGCCGUGUCUGGCCGGGACUUCACUGGUGGCGAGGGACUGCUGACCUUCAAGCACACUGAGACUUUACAGAACAUUGAAAUCCCAAUCAUUGAUGACAUGACACCAGAGAAGGACGAACACUUUGAGGUGGAGCUGUUUGAUCCUGAAGGAGGAGCCAAGCUGGGCCAGAUCAACCGCACAGCCGUCACCAUAACAAACGACGAUGACUUCAACAGUUUCCUGAGCAACAUGAUGCAGAUGACCAACGCUAAUGUCCACGCCCUGCAAGUCCACCAUGAGACAUAUUUGAGUCAGAUCAAGGACGCCCUAAAUGUGAAUGGAGGCGACAUUGAGAAUGCCACUUGCAUGGACUACAUUCUGCACUUCCUCACCUUUGGCUGGAAGAUCAUCUUUGCACUGGUUCCCCCGCCUGGCAUUCUUGGAGGCUGGCUGUGUUUCUUUGUCUCCCUUGGCGUCAUUGGUCUCCUCACUGCCAUUGUGGGGGACUUGGCGUCAAUCUUUGGCUGUCUGGUUGGCCUGAAGGACGGAGUCACUGCCAUCACCUUUGUUGCCCUGGGAACGUCUCUGCCCGACACCUUCGCCUCCAAGGCCGCAGCAGUGCAGGAGAAAUACGCCGACAAUGCUGUGGGGAAUGUGACGGGCAGUAACUCUGUCAAUGUGUUCCUGGGUCUGGGUCUGCCGUGGCUUAUCGCAGCAAUAGUUCACGUCAUCAGGGACGAACCCUUCGAGGUGAAGAAGGGCAACCUUGGCUUCAGUGUGGGCCUGUUCACUGGACUCAGCAUCCUGUGUAUUGGCAUCAUCUUGGCCCGAAGGUUCUUGGGUGUGUUUGGCAAGGCAGAGCUGGGCGGGCCAGCAACUCCGAGGUACGCGUCCGGAAUUGUCAUGAUGAGCCUGUGGAUGGUGUAUGUGCUCUUCUCCUCCUUCCAGCAGUAUGACUAUUUCAAAUGAUUUUCACAGUGUGUGUUUGUGUGUGUGUGUGUGUGUGUCUGAGGUUUUGACAAUGCAAGAUGGUGUUUAUUCUGUGUGGAAGGUAGAAUGGAGUGUUUAUUGUCAUCAGGGCGGGAAAAAUAUUUAUCUGUUACUCUUGUACAUGGAUGAGCCUUUAAAGAAUUCUCGUACUUCCAGUUUGUCAAUAAUUUUAGUCCACUAGAUAUAAUUUCUCUGAUCAAAUUGUGUGUAUGUGUGUGUGUGUGUGUGUGUGUGUGUGUGUGUGUGUGUGUGUGUGUGUGAGUGUGUAGUGACAAGAGUGAAGAAACCAGAUGUGUAAUAAAGAGCAAUAUGUUGUCCAGUGAAUUCUUUGUUAUGUACAUCCUGUGUGUUAUUUAUCAUCUGUUUUUUUUUGUGUGUUUUUUCUGUCUUGAAUUAGUUUAGUCUUCAUGAUCACAAAGAAAUGAGAGUUGAAAUCAGCCUCCCUCUCUUCAAGGUUCUACAGGAAACACUGUGCGUCAUUUGAUCAAGUGUCUUUGGUUGAGAAUGCUUUGCAAUAUGAUGUAGUAUUUGGUACAUGUAUUGUGGGAGAACCUCACAAUAAGUAUCACAUGGAAGGGAAAUACCAGUAGAUGUGUGAAGAUGAGUGAAAACUUUAAUGUAAUUAUCUUUUCUUAGUUAUCAACACAUUGAUUUAAUUACAUUUUUCAAUCAAUAACUACAGUACUUUGAUUUCAAAUGAUGCAUAUAUGAAUGACCAUUAAUUUUUGGGGAUUCUAAAGAAGUUGUUUGAUGGGAACAUUGGACCAUUAGUAGAGAAACACCCACAGGAAGCUAGAUAAUCUCAGUGGCCUUUGACAACUCCUUAAGAGAGAGAGAAUAAAGUGUUUGAGAAGAUGAACCAACCACUCAUGUGAUUCAGUUUGCUGGUGUGUUCAAGGUUUGGCUUUUAUUAGAUAUUAGUGUUUGAUAGUUAGAAUUUCUUAUUUAUCUACAUGAUGGAAUGAGUGGCUGUAUUCAGAGUGGCAUUUAAAUGUGUGUGUGUGUGUGUGUGUGUGUGUGUGUGUGUGUGUGUGUGUGUGUGUGUUCAGUGUGAGCUCAGGAUUCUUUGUACUAAUGUAAGAAAUUUAAUGAGUUAAGUUACAAUUGGUUGCUCUAACUUUGUCUUUUCUUGGAUUUUCUUCAUAUCUGGAAGUUUGUUGAUGUGCAAGUGUUGUGCUGAUUCCAUCUUUACUACAGAUAUGAUGACACAAACUGUUCAUUUCUCGCCAUAUUAUUUCCUCUAACUUUUCUUUUGUAGUUUUUUGUGCAGGAGUUGUCUUUUCCUUCAAUGCUUAUUCCUUUUUAUUCUUACACUAACACUAUUUGAUUCUCAGUGUAGCAGAUAUAUCAAAAUGAACAAAUCCUAUAUCUUUCACUGGUCUUCUUUCCUAAGUUCUUCACAUACAUCACAUUCCUUCCUCUCAAAAUAAAAAAAUUUCCACAUAACAUUACUCUUAACACUUUGCUACUAUUGAGUGCAUUGGCUCGGUAUGAGUAUAUCAAAUGACACGAUUCAAUACUUUUCAAAUUUCUAUUGUUUUAUAUUCAGAAAUUUAAGAAUCUGUAUUUAUGUGUAACUAUAAUUGUAAUACGUAUGUAAGCUAUAUAUGUCAUGUUUGUUUUGAAAUUCUCUAUUUUGUAAUGUUUUCCUUAAACAGACUAUAAGUAUUUCCCUCAUGCAGGUAAUGAGGUUACGGGAAUGUGAUGUAGAGGUAGAAUUACUAUAGUUCGGCAUAGAGAAUAUUGAGAGGGUCUGUACACUCUCAAUGUUUAGAUGGUUUGUGGUGAUUUCCAGUUUCAUGUUCCUGAUCUAUGCGACUAAAACCUCCCAGGCGUGUUUUCCUUGGGUAAUAACUUUGUAGCUUUGUACUGGACACCUGGUGAUGAUAAUGAUGACUGAAGGGUAGUGUUAAUAAGAACAUGUAGCUUUCAUUCUUGUAAGCUCUUGAUCAAAUUUUGUCUAUGUUCUUCACUUGUGAUGGUGAAUGGUGGGUGGUUUUCUCAUGGGUAGAUUAUAGUGUCCAGUCUUGUUCUGAUCCCCAACUGAGUUCAAUGCUCACUCAUGUGUCAAGUGUGGGAUAGCAUUGUCUUGGUGUGUGGCAGACAACUCUCCAACUUGUUAACCAGUGCAUUGUUUCCAGUCACAUUCUUAACUUUUUAUCCACAACUGCCUUCACUCUCAACCAAGCUCUUAACUUGUAUGAUACUGCCAAGGACAUAGCCACAGCCACUGGACACAGCUGGUGGUGUCAGUAUUACACCACAAAUGCAGCAUGUCCCUUACAGGUGUUGUGCUGAACCUCUGUGUGAAAUGCUGUGUGAGUGUGUUGCCUGUGCUGUGUGCUGGUGAGUCUGUGUCAAGCCGUGUGUAUCUUGGUCGUGGCGUGUGACUGCUGACCAUUGUGACAGUGAAGGGAGGUUCUGUAGUGUAUGGCCUGUCACACUUUUACUCUGUAUCUACAUGCUGAUUACAGGAUAUACAUACUACAUAUAUACAAAGUUAUGUCUGUAUUAAAGAUUCCAUCGGAAGUUUGCUUCAGUACCUAAUGUGGCUUUUCCCUAAAGUUUACUCCAUUCAGACUUGUACUUUGAUGUGGGAUUCUUGCUAAAUAAAACUUCACAUUUUUU